AUGCCAUCCCAAAACGUCCUCUUUUGUCUGAGCGCAAACAACUUCAGUUGCUCCAGCUUCCAGGCCAUCAUCCGAACCCUGGAUGGCCAAAAGACGUCAAUGGGGCAACAAUCAGCGGAAGCAGUUUUCACUCAUCUAAUCAACCCAUUCCUUUUAAGGAAUAAUCCAUCUGAUCCCGGCUGCCGCUCCUCAUCUCCAGACACCAAGCGUUGGUUGGAGGACAACUUGGGCCGCUUUUCUGAAUUUGCUACUACUUUGGCUGAAUUGAAACAACUCAACCCAAACAUUUCCACUAAAACGUUGACUGGCCUGACCCCUGCUCAGAUAGCACAGCUGACUCUGAGUGAGGGAUUCUUUAAUGACACAAAUGCAAUUGCCUCGGUAUUUCAACAACUUGAAGAAGGAAAUAGCUUUGAAAAUGUCAACCAGUUUUAUCAAGAACUACAGGCGGGAGAAGGGUCGCCUGCUUUUGAACCUGAAGCCCGAGAUGUCGCUAUGAAUCGAACAUUUGCCAUCAUCAGCAUCGCUUUCAAUGACUUUACAACGUCACAGUGGAAACACUGGUUCCUUUACCAACUGGAGCCUGUCCUUUCAAGUUUCAAACCACAGAUGUUCACAGCAGCUCAAGACCACCUAAACUGUACAAACUAUCGUAUUGUUGUCAAAGGACUGAGCAAGGCUUCCCGAGAUAUGCCUGAGCAAGCACAGCGAGGACUCGCACGUGGCAUGUUCAAAUACAUCAAGAACGUUACAAACAUGGUCACACAACCCGAAUGCAAGCGUGUCAAUGAAACGGACGGGGAAUGGCUGCAAGAAAACCUUGGCUCAUUCACAGAGCAUCUAACCUACUCUGACAUUAGAUCCUUCAAUCUCUCUCAGGUGCAUAUUGCGGACUCUCUCUCACCAAAUCAACAGGCGGAUCUUCUUCUUGAACUAGAAAGCGGCAAUUUGGAGGAAGAGGCCGUAGUCAGUAAAGUGCUGGAAAACUACACACGCUCUCCCGAAGAACUAGGUCACUUCUUUAGAAUCUUUUCAAACAUCACAAAGCAGAGAAACAUCACUUACAUCCAAAAUGAAAAUGUCAGAGACACCAUUUUAAAUCAGACUUGGACUGUGCUUGUUGAAUACCUCGUGGAGUUUGACACCCAAGACUAUGAAGAGUGGUUCGGUUCCAACUUGUUGACACUGAUCCUGAGCUUCAAAGUGGAAUACGUGCAGGCCAUUCCUGAUAACAUCAGCUGUGAUUCAUAUGAAGCCAUCGACUCUGCCUUUGAGAAAAGUUACACCUCUGCGCCUCUGACUGAUUCAGCCAGUGUGGAAUCCACCAUCAAAUCUCUAAGGACCAGAUUCCCCCGUUGUUCAAUUCCAGCUUCAUUUGAGUGCAAAGUACUGCUACGUGAUGAAACCUUGAUUUGUGCUGAAGUGGAUAGCUCACAAGUGGAACAAACCCAUUCGACAGACGCCUCUGCAGAGGCCACAUGCGGCUACACAGUCAUUGAGCACGCCUGUUCAUCUGCGACAAACAUCACAGCCAGAAACGUAGCCAUGCUUCUGAACUGCUCAAGGAAUGGUACCAAAGAAAACCCGGCCGUCUGGAAGCUUCUCUUCAGCAAAGCUUCACCAGUGCUGGAUGCAGCUCUUGAGAUGUUCUCUACAAUGGUUGGCAACACAAGCUUUCCAUCGUUGUCAUCCGCUCUUGAAGCAAUUGUAGAGCUACGAAUCUCAGACUUUGACCCUGCACAGCUCCAAAAUCAGAGCUUUAUUGGAAAGUGGUUCCAAACAAAGAUCCGCCCAUUUUUAGCCAUGCCAUCCCAAAACGUCCUCUUUUGUCUGAGCGCAAACAACUUCAGUUGCUCCAGCUUCCAGGCCAUCAUCCGAACCCUGGAUGGCCAAAAGACGUCAAUGGGGCAACAAUCAGCGGAAGCAGUUUUCACUCAUCUAAUCAACCCAUUCCUUUUAAGGAAUAAUCCAUCUGAUCCCGGCUGCCGCUCCUCAUCUCCAGACACCAAGCGUUGGUUGGAGGACAACUUGGGCCGCUUUUCUGAAUUUGCUACUUUGGCUGAAUUGAAACAACUCAACCCAAACAUUUCCACUGAAACGUUGACUGGCCUGACCCCUGCUCAGAUAGCACAGCUGACUCUGAGUGAGGGAUUCUUUAAUGACACAAAUGCAAUUGCCUCGGUAUUUCAACAACUUGAAGAAGGAAAUAGCUUUGAAAAUGUCAACCAGUUUUAUCAAGAACUACAGGCGGGAGAAGGGUCGCCUGCUUUUGAACCUGAAGCCCGAGAUGUCGCUAUGAAUCGAACAUUUGCCAUCAUCAGCAUCGCUUUCAAUGACUUUACAACGUCACAGUGGAAACACUGGUUCCUUUACCAACUGGAGCCUGUCCUUUCAAGUUUCAAACCACAGAUGUUCACAGCAGCUCAAGACCACCUAAACUGUACAAACUAUCGUAUUGUUGUCAAAGGACUGAGCAAGGCUUCCCGAGAUAUGCCUGAGCAAGCACAGCGAGGACUCGCACGUGGCAUGUUCAAAUACAUCAAGAACGUUACAAACAUGGUCACACAACCCGCCUGCAACCAGGGCAUUAAGACGGAUUCUGAACGGCUAAAACUAAACCUGGGCACAUUUAUUGAGCACUUGACCUACACAGAAAUUCAGAGUCUAAAUCUUACAGAUGUGAGAAUUGGGGAUUUGUCUGCAGAACAACAGGCAGAUUUUCUUCUUGAACCAACUAAUCUGUCAAAUGAGACCUAUGUCACAGAUAUCUUCAAAACACUAACCCAGUCACCAGACACACAAAAAAUUUCGUCAUUCUAUAAUAAAUUUGUCACUGGUGCUUCACAGCAAAAUCUAUCUUUAAUUGAGCCAGGCAUCAGGGACUCCAUGUUCAACAGCACAAUAAACUUUCUUGGCCCACAACUUCCACUUCUACAAUCUGAAGACGUCAGGCUUUGGUUCCAAGUUUAUCUAACAUUGUUUCUCCCAAGUAUAAACGCAAACACAUUUGAAGUUAUUCCUCGAGAUAUCAGUUGUGAUUCUUACCAACACAUCGUAAAAGGAUGUGACAAGGUUUUUGUUCAGCUUUCUGAGUCACAGACACAAUAUGUUUACACCUUCACAAGAGAUUAUCUAUCAAGACCUUCUUCUGGCUCAUCAUGUGUGGAUUCAGUUAAUGAUGACAGAGAUUGGAUUGGGAAGAACCUUGGUCAAUUCAGGACACAUGCCUCUUACAGAGAAAUGUUGACGUUUAAGGAAGAUUUGAAAGGAGUGGAGGUUUUAGAUCUUCUCACUUUCAGUCAGAUUGCUGAGCUCGCUGCCACCCCGUCACAACUGCAAACAAGAGAAGACGUCACAAAAGUAAUGACUGGAAUCAGCCCUGAAGAUUUGGGUAUCUUCUUCGAUACUGUGUCACCAGCCAUUCAGAUGCACCAAGGCAACUACACAGAAGAGGUUACAUCUUCCCUGCUCCAAACAGCAUUAGACAAAGCCAAUCUAUCCUCUCCAUCCGUCAGCGACCCGGACUAUUUGUUAUGGCUCAACGAUCGUCUGAAUCCUCUUCUUGUGAAUCUCUCAUCCACCCUGGUCACACCUCUGUUCGAUACUGUUCAAAGCCGGUCUUGUAAUAUCAGCCAAUACAUGUAUUCAUUGCUGGACUCUAUAAGCUUAACACUGAGUCAAAUCACGCAACAGAAAAUCUAUGAAAACAUCUAUCUUCAUCUCCAGGAACCAACUCCCAUCAGAUGUUAUGAGAGAGGGAGCUUCUAUGGCUUUCUGAAAAACACUUUCCUCAGCUUUGGCUUUCCAGAUGUGCCAAUGUUUAUGUCUUUGCUGCCAACAGAACGCAAGGCAGAGCUACUAGCUACAGUCACUACAUCCGAAGUUGGUCAGUUCUUCAGUCAGCCUAAUGUGAUCGGCGACUUUGAUAUUUGUGACUUCUAUAAUAAUUACAACCAGACACCCGCGUUCUUAGAAAGGGAGGAUGUUCCUGAUGAUGUCCGAUUGAAGACACUGCCUUGUGUUUGGCCCAUGGCUCUGAGCAGCGAGAGCCAAUCCGAAGCUGCUCUCUGGUUUGACCUACGACUUAAAAAUUACUUGCGUUUCCUUAACAAGAAUCUCAUCAGCUCCUCUCAAGUGAAGAACGCAACCUGCUUCAGCUUCCAAAAACUGGUCGCUGUGAUGGGGAAUAACUUCACCUACAACAGCACAGAGUUCGUCAGAGAAGAUUUCUACAACAGCAUGAAAACCUACUUAGUCCCUGAAUCUGGAAUCAAGUGUUACAACGCCAGCACCCCAGGACUGAACUCAAAUUCCUGGUUUGUAGAGAACAUCGGUGCCUUUGUCAUGCUCGUCACCGUGGAGGAUCUCAACGCCUUCAUUCCAUCUGGUGAAGGUGGAUCAAUCUACAAGGACCGUGCCAAUGUUGAGCUGUUCAACAACCCAGCCAUAUCAGAGGAUGUGAGAAACGUCUUUGUGGGCAUUUUAUUUGAGCGCAACCCAACAUCCAGUCCGAUCACGCUUCCAGAUGUUCUACUGUGCUCACCUGACAUUCCAACACCAGCAUUUGAGUCCCUAAACGAAACAGAGACCUUGAGGAUUUUACAACGUCUUAAAGAAUUCUGCAAUGGAACAGAAGAUCCAGAGGUGAACACAGCUCUUGUAUCCAACCUGAAGAGCUUCUCAGCGGAGACAUUCAGCAGCCUGGGCAGUGCGAGUGGAGGCCUGACCACCACACAGAUCUCCUCCGUCCCGGGCCACGUGCUCAUCUCGUCCCUGGGCACUCUGGGGUCUGUCAGCAGCUGGAACCAAGAGCAGGCCGGGGCGGUCAUCAAGGCCAUGUUUGCGUCCGGCUUUCAGAUAAAAACUGGAUCCUCUCUGAGCUCACUGGGAACCCUCAUCGUCGGUAUCUCCUCUGGAGCAAUACUAAACAUUCCUUCGUCGGAGUUGCUCAGUAUCUCCGGGAACCCUGCAUUCAUAAACAACAUGCUCAUCGCGUCUCCAGUCGUCAAGGAAGUUUUUGUCCGAAAGAUCAUCUCCGUGGAUUCAUCACCAGCCAACGUGGUGGAGAACGUUCCUAAUGAAUUGGCCACUAAAAUCCCAUUGUCCAUGCUCUUGUUUACAUCUGGAACCGUGGACAUCAACCAAAUCAAUAAGAAGACCUGGACGUCUGAACAGGCGCCCAUGUUUUUCGAAUCAGUGUCCACGUCAGAUUUUGAUGAAGAAGAGCUUUCUCCAUCCGUUCUUCAAGGCUUCACGUGCACAACAGUUCGCAAGGCUUCCAAAAAUAAAAUCAAAAAGCUUGUCCGUGCCUGUAGACAAAGAGAGGGCAGGUCUAAAGUUUUCCUAAAGGAGUCCCAGUUGACUUGCAUGUACAACUUUAUCAAAGAAGACAUCACCCAAACCUUUACAGAAUAUCCCUCGGACCUCCUUCUGUACUUAGACGCCAAAGAUGUGCAGGGAAACAGCUGCAGGUCAUACAUUUCGGUGGUAGGAGCGGCUGACUUCAGUGUCGCCUCCCCCGUUUUGAACAAGCCAGAGAAAAUACUCAAUGAAGCCAUAAGUUGUUUGGAAAUAAGAAAUACCAGUCUGAGAAAAGAGGAUAUUCAGACCAUGGGGAACCUUCUCUGCACUAUGAACAGCUCUUACAUCCAGAACUCCGACCCGUACGUUUUGGAAGCUCUCAAAUCUUGUAAAGACUUGUCCGAGAGCCAAGUGGCUGCAGUCGAGGCCCAGCUCCAGUCUGGAAAAACAUCUUAUGGUCUUGUGUCCACAUGGGACGAAGAAACCCUACAAAACCUGGAGCCUCUGCCCCUGUAUUUCACUAAGAACAUCUGGAGCCAAGUCAAAACUACAAAAACAAGGACGUUUUUAAAGAGAUUCAUGAGAAAACUGAGGAAGUCAAAGACAGAGAAGAGAAAACUGAAAUCAUUCUUCAAAUCAGUCAACGGACACAGAGCAAAGCGAGGAGCAGGCUGCACCGUGGGAAACAUCACAGCAGUCACCGUUCAAGAUAAUUCUUUCCCGUUCGGGUACGACCAGAGUCAGUUUGACCUGUGUCUGGACCUCUCCGUGCUGAAGGAAAGUCUGAGCACCAUCUGUGAAAAGGUCGACGAUGACGGCUUCCAAGCGGUGAUCCUAAAAAAACUGAACGAGGCCUACCCCGCUGGUGUUUCCGAUGAGAAUGUGCAAGUUCUGGGCUCAGCCUCUCGCACAGCAUCUCUCCUCGACAUCUCCAAAUGGAACAUCACCAAAGUUGACACGUUAUCAGCCCUCAUGAACACCGACAACGGGCCGUGGGAGGCAGAGAAAAGCAAAGCAGUGAUCACCAAGUACCUGAGCACACCUGGGAAUGCUCUCAACACCACUGAACUCAACGCCAUAGACUCCAACUUGUGUUCGUUGGACACAGCAACACUGACAAGCAUCACUUCAGACAAUCUACGAAAUGCCAAAUCCCUGAAUGUGGCAUCGUGUUCGCUUGAGCAGAAGAAAGUAAUCUAUGAGACGAGCAAAACGGCUUUCAGCUCAAAUCGGGGCGAUGCAACGGUUUAUUUCAACUUGAUAAAGAACUACUUAGGUGGAGCCCCUCUUGCAGACAUUCAGACCCUCUCCGGUCAAAACAUCCACAUGGACAUCAGCACUUUCCAGAGUCUGGACACAAACGUCAUUAAUAAUCUGACCGUUGGUGAAGUCCAAGGCCUGUUGGGGAGCAGCGUGGCCGACCUGAAGACCUUCGAGAAGGCGCCUGUGGUGGAGGCCUGGAUCAACACGCAGACACAGCCGGAUCUGGACACACUGGAUUUGGGUCUGACCACCACCCGAGUCACUCCCACCGCCCCACCCCUCACCAUCAACAAUUCAACAGCAGCAAACACAUCUGCCCCAGGUAAAUAUCUCCACAAGAGUCUCCAGCUCACUCACUCACAGCAGAGCUUACAGAAGUGA